CAUUGCGUCUGCGUUUGAUACUUACCAUCUCGCAUCAUCCAAGCAAUGUUCUUGUUCAAAAAGACGGUUCAACGAUUCAUGUCAGCAAUUUUCUUGUUUGCCCUUCAACCGCAUCACCUGAAAAUUAUCAACUAUGCUUACCUAAUAAACUUUGCUCGCGUUCGUGACGCGCAACGACCCAAAGCUUCUUCCAAUGCGACUUUGGCCAGUAGAGCAGUCAUGUACCAUUCUGCUCUGUCGAGAAUCAUGUUCCGCAGACGUCUAAUUCUCCUUCUAAUCAUCGCAACGACCUUUCUUUUCCUAUCAUGGUGGCCAUCUUCAAGUAGCAAAUCGUCGCUCCGACACAGCAAGGACACCUCCCAGCUUACUGAAGGCUUCCUUUACACCCAAGAAGAUGACACAGUAGCCGAUCAAAGUGGAUAUAAAUGGGAAGAUGUGCCACUCUCGCAAAGUCCGCUCAAUACAACGUUCGAAGAUAUGCCAAACUUGCGAGCGCGUAUUCUCGCAUUUAGCAACGCAUUUCAAUAUUCAAAGUCAAGAAAACCAGUCGAAGACGCCAUCCGUUUGCUUUACCCAUGGCUUCCCGUAAAUGAAAUUUCCGUGUUACGCGGAAAAGGAAGAGGGCUUGUAUAUACAUUUGGAGACCACGACUUGGCCCUAGCGUAUCCCUUGAUUGUAGGGAUGCGUCUGGUUCACCGCUGCAAACUUCCAAUCGAAAUCUGGUACAUGGGAGAAGAGGAUCUCUCUGCAAGUAACCGUGAACUUUUAGCAAAGAUCCCCGGCGUAAAGUGUAAAGAUCUUACGAAGGUCAUCGAUAUCUCAAUUGCAGGCUACGGCGGAUGGGGAGCAAAGCCGUUUGCACUCCUAGCAUCAUCUUUUGCAGAGCCCAUUUUCAUGGACGCUGAUGCAGUGUUCUUUAAAGAUCCGUCUGCAUUAUACGCACACCCGGGCUACAUCGGUACCGGUGCAGUCUUUUUCCAUGAUCGGACCUCGGGUUGGGUAGGGUCAGCAAAAGAUCUACAAUGGCUGCUAUCUGUCAUUCCAAAUCCUUCUAGUCGAACAUAUGGCUCACGGUAUAUUUAUGGAAAGAGCCAACAUGAGCAAGAGUCAGGAGUGGUAGUGAUCAACAAAGCAAGAGUGUUCCCAGGAUUACUAGCAGCAUGCUUGCUAAAUUCAAAACCAUGGGCUAGUAAAGUUUAUCAGCGGGUAUGGGGUGAUAAGGAAACGUUCUGGAUAGGUUUUGAAAUGAGCGGGAUACCCUACGCGUGGAACCCAGGAUAUGGAGGUGCUAUGGGUCAAUUCUCUGGGGACAAAUUGCGAGUCUGCGGUAGACAAUUGGCGCAUGGCGACCACCAAGGAGCACUUCUCUGGGUGAACAACGGUUUACGAACUCCCCAAAAACUUCCACCAUCCAAACACGCCCAGCCGAGCAUUUGGAUGAAUGAUCGGAGCGGAUUUAAUUUGGACUGGACCACAGACGGGUCGGACUGCCUCCUUGCGACGGCUGGCAUUCCGACUGAGCUAACAGCCAAGGAGAAACAAAUCUGGGAUGCAUUCGUGAAAAUAGACGCGCAUCUCACCGCAAAAGGGAUGGACUAUCCUGUUGCGCUGGAGUUGAACAUUUAGGUGGUGACGACACAUAUAUUACACUUACAUCUGUAUAGUAGACACACUAUAAUAACUUAACGGAAGAGUUCUCCCUCAUGAAUGAUACGGUAGUUAUUAUGCGUUUUGUCGAACAUUAUGGAAUUCAAAGGGUUUGAA